AUGAUAGAGAAACCUCAAUUCUUUUGCUCCACGCCUUUUAAUGUAUCCGGGGACGAUAAUCUCAGUGCAAUUGCUAGUCAUGGCGGUGGUGGUGGUAGAACGGAUCGUGGGGUAGAGGUAGGCCCUAGACAGGAGCAGGAAAGCGGUGGUGACACUGCCGGAGCAGGUGGUGGUAUCGGGAUCCGACGAGGUUCGAAUAAUAGUAUUGAUGGUGGUGAAGCGGCAAUUCAAAUAUUGAGACAGGAAGCGGAAAUUCAAAGAUUGAAGCAGGAGCUGGCAUCGGUGGUUGUGAAGAUGAAGGUGAUGUUGAUUUUGGUGGGGGCAUUGGUGUCGGCGAUGAUUUACGCCUUGUAG